AUGGCCACGCCUGUACGGAAGGUGAAGGCGGCUUUCGCAUCGCCACAAGCCUUCAAGGAGUCCCUCAGAGUUCCUGAUGCUCCCGUUGAGGGGUCGGCAUACUUCAAUGAGGACUUGCUACCGACACCUCCAGACAAGAGAAUUUGGAACACGUUGCACUUCUUUGCCUAUUACUUGACCCAGACCUUCAGCUCAUCGUCGUACAAUCUCGGAGCGACGCUCAUCUCCAUAGGACUUCAAUGGUAUCAUGCCAUGAUCGCCGCGGUCAUUGGCGCCGCAGGUCUGAGUAUUGUCGUGAUUCUAAACUCUCGAGGCGCGACCAGAUAUCAUGUUGGAUUCCCGGUAUAUGCUCGAGCUAGUUCCGGUAUUGGAGGAUCGAAACUCUUUGUGGCCGUGAGAGCUUCGGUCGCCAUCAUCUAUUUUGCAACUCAGAGCUACUAUGGAGGAAGAAUUACCUCGGUGUGUUUGAGAGCCAUCUUUGGCUCGUCGUGGGAGAACAUCCCCAACACUCUGCCCGAGAGCGCGGGCAUUACUUCCAAGAACCUCCUUGGUUUCUUUAUCUUCUGGAUUGUCCAGUUCCCCGUCAUGUUUGUCCACCCUACAUUUCUCCGCCAUCUGUUUGUUAUCAAAGCCGUCUACACGACGGUGGCACUCUUUGCAUUGGGCAUGGGAUGGGCAAUUCGAGAAAACGGUGGAGGCAUUGGCAACUUUAGUUUCAGUGCUGGCACCGCGUUGACCGGCUCGGCUUUGGUCUGGCCAAUGAUCCAAGCCAUCAACUCGGUGUUGGCGACCCUCUGCCCCCUCCUGAUCAACCAGCCCGACGUCGCCCGCUAUGCAACCAAACCUGAGCAGGCGACUUGGAGUCAAGCCACAGGUAUCCUAAUCUCCAAGGUUGUCGUCAUGUUUGUGAGCUGUGCUACGACCAGUGCCAGUACAGGAUUCCUAGGAAAGUCAUAUUGGAACGUCUGGGAUUUGUAUGAUGCCAUCCUCACAAAGUACUGGUCUCCCGGCGCGCGGGCCGGUAUCUUCUUUGUUGGCUUUGGCAUGGUGCUCGCGCAAAUCGCCACCAACGCCGGCUCCAACUCGCUGCCCGUGGGCGCCGACAGCAGCGGCUUGUGGCCCCGGUACAUCAACAUUGUGCGUGGCCAGGUGAUUUGCGCCCUGCUGGCGCCCUUUUGCGUGCCGUGGAAGAUCAUUGCCAGCGCGAGCACGUUUCUCACCUUUUUGGGAUCGUACACGGUCUUCCUCAUGCCCAUUUGCGGCGUCAUGGUCGUCGACUACUGGAUCGUGCGGCGCGGGAAUUUCCACGUGCCCAGCCUCUACACCAAGGAGCCCGGGACCAUUUAUCGCUACUACCACGGCUGGAACCCGCGAGCUCUGGCGGCGUGGGUGGCCGGCGUCGCCUUUACGGUUCACGGCAUCGCCGGAAACUUGGACGCCACUGCGGUCAACCAGGCCAGCAAGAAUAUGUACAAGCUUGGAUUCAUACUUUCCUUCCUCAUGGGAUCGUUGGUCUUUUACGUGUUAAACCUGAUCUGGCCCGUCCCGAUCUACCCAGAGGACCGGGCCAGCGAGGGGCAAAUGACUUUUGAGUACAUGGCCGAUUCGGAGGGCUUUUUUGCCGGCGAGAGCGUGGAGGGCAUACGCGGCGUCUUGUCGGGCGAAGGCGUCAACGUGGUUUCUGACGGGGGCGAUGAAUCAAGAUACGGAAAAGGUCAUUUGGACGAGAAGACUGAGCCAGUGGUUGUGUGA